GGGACCUUGGUCUUAGGUUAAACGCGGUGAAGGAAUCUAACAAUUUCAGUGUGCAUAUAAAAGGACUGGAUGGGGAUACGGACCCUCUAGUUCUUGUUCAGUGCACGCGCAGAAAAAUUAUUGUGACAGGAUGAAAUUUUUCAUUGUUAUAACAGCCCUAGCAGCUACAACCUACCAUACCUCAGCUGGUUACGCAGGACCAGCAUACGGAGGCCACGGCUUGGGAGCAUUUGUGGGCGCUGCAGGACAUGGUGGGUACGCAGGACCUGCUCUAGCUGCAGGACACGGUUUGGGAGGGCAUGGCCUGGGUGGACCAGUUUAUGCAGGAUACGCCGCACCAGCCGCACAUGCAGUUACAGGAGGACAUGCUAUUGCCGCUGCACCAGUGGCGGUGCCUGUUGGGGGAGGUCAUCAUGGACAUGAUGUUGACUAUUAUGCUCAUCCAAAGUACCAAUUCAACUAUGGCGUCGCCGACGGUCUGACAGGAGACCACAAGACCCAGUCAGAAGUCCGCGACGGUGGUCAUGUCAAAGGCUCUUACUCAGUGGCGGAACCUGAUGGCACAUUGAGGGUUGUUGAAUAUGCAGCUGAUGACGUGAAUGGGUUUAAUGCAGUUGUAAAGAAAAUAGGACCUCAAAUCCAUCCCCAUCAUGCACCAGUGUAUGGAGGACACCAUGGCCAUUAUUAGGAGAAUUUGCAGAAGCUAGUUCGGUGCAUCUAUAGUGCAUUAAUGUAUAAAAUCUGUAUGUUAGCUUAAAAUUUAAAGUACAAUUCGGGGCAAAGCAGCAGUAAGCAUUUGUAGUAACUGCCAGUCAUAAGAAAACAACAUGUCAAUGUCUCUUGACUACAAGUUACACCACUGGUCUUGACGCAGUGUGUGUCAUCAUGACCUACUUCUAUUUUGUUCCAAGUGCCACCUUAUUGCUAAGCAAGGAUAUAUCGUUUCAUCCAAGCAUCAAAGAAACUUCGGGAAACCAUCACAAUCCAAAAGGAAAUUUCUAGGUCUAUCUUUUAUCCAUUAUAUUAUUAUAUUUAAAAAUAACUAUUGUUAGAAUUCUCAAAUUAUUUUAUGUAUAUUAUCUGAAAUAUUUGGUGUAGCAGAGAAAAUCUUUUACUGUGGCGAGCACUCAUCAAGAGGAUUUAGAACUGACUUAGUUUGUUGCUGGAAAUGUAUGAAACGUGAUGAAAUUGGUUUCGUACUUACAUGAAUAAAAUAGAUCUGUAUAGGAUUAUAGAUAUCAUCUCAUUAUUCGUAGUAAAAACUAUUUAGGUCGCGAGUUUUACAUAUUUUCAGCAACAUACUACUUUAGUUUUGAAACCCUUUGAUGGGCUAUGAUUAAAAAAUAUAAUUAAUUUAUAUAUGGAUAUUGGUCUAAGAUUGAGAAGAAGGAUUUAAACUUUAGCCAAAAUCCCUCUUCGGGAGUCCCUACGUUGCAACACAAAAUAUUGAAGAAACUCGUCAUCCAAAAAAUUAAAAAAAAACUGCAAUUUGAGUUGCUUAACCUUUUUUAAUAUGCAAUACUUGUAAUUAACGAUGUUACCGUCGAAUGUUGGAUUAAAUACGUGUUUAGAUUCCAUGUGACUCGUUCAUGCUUUGUAGCUUUAAUUUCUUUUAGUCGUAACUAGAUGAAGUAUGCCCGACUUAAAAUACUUUGCAUUCUGUUUUGAACACUGACAUUUGCGGGGGUGAUACACUGAAAUGUAACGAUGAUAACUUUAGCUUUGUUUUAUGUAUAUGCUACGCAGGCACCUUUGUUUGGUCAAAGCAUUUUAGAUUUUUUUGCAGGUUAGAUUUUAAGAAGAUUUGUAUUAUUAAAUAUUUUCAUUUGUACAUGGCCAAGUCUGAGAAUUGUAAUUUGUAGAUAUAUCGCAUCAGUUAUGUAGAUAGUUGGUUUGUAAUUAAAUAUACUGAUUUUUUAAGGG